AUGGGCACCAAGGGGCUACGAAAUUAUGUCGAGAAACAUGGUCUCGUCAGAAGUUCGAGCAGGGGCAGGGACGGUGUCGUCAAGAGGACCAACCACCUGCUUUUAGAUAUGAAUGCCAUUGUUCAUUAUAUCGUGCCAACCAAUGUUUUCACCACCAAGUCAGUGAUUGAAGGAGUAGUUGAGGCUGUGCAGAAGCUCAUUUCCGCAUUUCCCCCCAGUGAAACCCUUGUGAUUCUCUUUGACGGGGUUGCGCCUUGCGCCAAACUUCAGACACAGAAGACCCGGCGUGCAUCGUAUAACAAGCGACACAGUAGCGAGUGUACAAGUUCGCUCGAGUUAAGAUACAAUCACGACUACAUUGGGCAGGAAAUCUCAUUUUCACGCGAAGAAAUUAUCGCGGGGUCUGAAUUUUUACUUGCGUGCGAAGAUGCGGUGAGAUGUGCAUUUGGGAUUGGUGGUGAAUUUUGUGUGCCACCGGGAGAGGGAAGGAAUUACACAAUUAUUAUGAGUGGCUGCGCUGAAGGUGGUGAAGGCGAGCUAAAAGUGGUUUGUGUCUUGCGUACCAUCUGGCUGGAGCAACGGAAGUCACAAACAUAUACGGGAGAUGAUGAAAUUAUAGUCGUCGGAAAUGAUUCCGACUUGGUGCUAGUUGGUGUUGCCUGCACUCCAUAUACCAAAUUCACCAUAGUGGAUCCCCGAGACUACGCUCUGACCGAUGUUGGUGAACUUUUCAAACACUGGGGGUCGUCUUCACCGGGGAAUCAAAUACGACCCGAUUUGUUACCGUCGUAUCGUAUUGAUUUCGUCUUCCUAAUGCUGCUUAGUGGAGGCGACUGGUUUGAGGGAAUUGGAAAGGUGGCUCUUGUUUUCUGGCGUCGUUACAGAGAACUUCGUCUCCACUGUGGUUAUUUUAAGAGAUCACUCAUACGUGGAGAGGGUUUCGAUGUGGAUAUUGAGUUUCUGCGCGCCGUAAUGGCAGUGAAAGACGUCAGUUCACCGGCCAAGUACAUGUCUAAAAUUAAACAAAUGACAAUGAAGGAGUCCCCACUCUCGAGGGAGGCGAUAGAGGAAGGUGUGGAGCUGUUGAAAGGUGCAGUGUGGGCUCUCAGAUCCAUCGUGGCCGGUCAGUGCUACGAUUACAAAUUUCGAGCACAUACGAAGAAACCGACAGCGGGGAUGCUGAAGGGAGCAUCGCACGUUAAGGGAUUGUUAGGAAAGAUCCGACCCGUGUCGGAAUCCCCUCUACCGUGCUUUUCACCGUUGGAACAAUGCAUUGCUGUAUUGGGGCUCCGUGGUCGCUUUUCUUCUCCAAUUCACAUGGUAAUAAAAGAGGAGAGCGUUAACCAGGGUGAAAAGUUGACGAACUCUUUCUCUUCAGAGUUCCUGUUGGAUGAAACGCGUCGCUUAAUGUCUCAGGUGAAGGUGGAUGAAUUGACUGCUGCGGAGCAGGACCUGCUGCAGGUGCGACACAUGAGGUUCUUGGAGAGUGAGGAUGGGAAGAUUACUUUCAUGAGCUUUCAUCCCGAGAAGCAAGCAGUUGCAGAUGUGCGAGUCUGCGAUGGAGGUGUAAAAUGA